AAAGGAGAAAAUUUCAUUCUUGGGUAUUAUAUUGUAUUUGUGUCGGUACCCCAAUCUGAUUUUAUCCAAAAGAAAAAAAAAAAGGAGAAAUCCUUAAUGAAUAGAAGCCCGAAUUUAACCUAGCCUAGAUUGUAGAAACCUGGGAGUUUGUCGAAGGAGGUAAUCCGUUAACUGACAUGGGUACUGUGGCGAAAAACACACAUUUGGGGCAGCCCCAUCUCAAUUAACUUCCAAUUCGAAGCACGGAUGACACAAGGGGUUUGCUUCUUCGCUUGUGGUUGUUUCAGAGCUUGAGAAAGAGUGGUGAAGUCACUCAUUGAACGGGAAGCAUAUAUAGGAGUGCAGUUUGGUCUUCAAACUGAUUAAGCACUGAAAACAGGUUGCUGCUCAACAAAUGAUGAUGAUAUGCCGAUUUGUGUCUAGAUCUCCUUGGUCUAGAAGGUUUUUUAGCAGUGAUGCUGACAGGCGUCUUGCCAAUGCUAUUUCAGAGAUUCAUAAGGAAAUGGAAUCUGUCUUUGGUGAACCUCCUGCAUCUGGUCUUGCUGGUUCUGCUGAGAACCAUUCCGUGACUCUGAAUUUCAAUGAUUCUCAGAUUCGAUCCGAAGGUUGUACAGAAAAUAAACUUGUUUCUGGAUUGACACAUAUUGGUUCCAAAGGUGAAGCACAAAUGGUGGACGUCUCUCUCAAAGAGAUUACCAAGAGGGUUGCUGUAGCCAGUUGUAAAGUUAUUCUAGGCAGGGAGGUUUUUGAUCUGGUUGCAUCUGAGCAGAUGAAAAAAGGAGAUGUUCUUAGUGUGGCAAAGAUGGCAGGGAUUUGUGGAGCAAAGCAAACAAGUAAUCUCAUUCCUUUGUGUCACAACAUCAACUUGACCCACAUUCGUGUGGAUUUGUCACUGAAUCCCCAGGAUUUUAGUGUCGACAUUGAAGGUGAAGCUGCCUCGACUGGAAAAACUGGGGUAGAGAUGGAAGCUAUGACAGCAGCUACAGUUGCCGGCCUAACAGUGUAUGAUAUGUGUAAAGCAGUUUCAAAGCACAUCCAGAUUACAAAUGUACAGCUUGAGCAUAAAGCUGGUGGAAAAAGUGGGGAUUGGAGGAGGAAGAAUAGAUGAAGGUGCCAGGACUGGUGAAUUUUGUUGAUCAAAUCUUAUCCCAGCCAGCAGUUACAAAAAUCCUUUGGCCUUAAUGUGGUUGACUAUCUGCCGGUGAUGACACUCUGAAUGGCUGGUUUGCUCUCUUGUCGAGAUCUGUACCUGUCCUUUUGGUGUUUUUGGUUUCCUGCAUUGUAGAAUUGUCACAUUGAUCUUACAGCCUCAAAAGCUGGCAACUGCUUUUCUUUCGCUGCAUUUCUUGGAGCCAAUGAUCCCUUUAGUAAUGGAAGCUUUAUCAGAAAAGUCUAGUUUUUUGCUGCA